AUGAGUUUGAAAGUCUAUUAAGCACCACCAUCUUAAAUUAUUAAUUCCUAUUUGGUCACACUUAUUGAUGGUACUGGAUCUAUGAGUGGAGAAUAUGAAUAAGCUGUCAAAGCCUAUUAAAAUGUCUUUUCUUAUCUUGGAGAUUAGAAAUUAGAAUAUUAAUUCCAAUCUGAACUUUUUCCAAUCCUACCAUAUGUUGGAGUUAAUGGAAGAGGAGGAAAUAUCACAAAUACUUUCAGAGAUUUAUUUACAAUACUCUUAAGUAAAAAAAAUUCUAUCCCUAAAAAUAUUACAAUCUUAUUUUUAAGUGACGGCAGAGAAACUUUUGAUAUUAAAGUACUACUCCCAUAAAUUUAAUAAAUGAAAAAUUAAUUUAUGAUUCAAUUCAUUAGUUUUGCAGUAGGAGAUAAAUUUCCUAAUGAAAUUAGUAACAUUUUAAGAAAUAAAAUUCACAAUCAUGAUCCUAACUUAUAAUCACUUUUUUAAGUUAAGAGAAAAAUAUCAAAAUCAAAAGAGACUAUUUAUGAAGAUUUUUUUAAAUGUUUUUUAUAAAUCAAACCAUAAAUUUCAGUUCAAGAUGGAAUAAUUAUAAUUAAUAAGUAAGUCUAGUAAACACUUGUAUCACCAUUGACAAAUUAAGUAAUUGCUGGUAGUCACUUUUGUGCAACAACAAAUGAAGAAAUUGCUGCAGGAAAUAUUAAAUUAUAACCUAAAACUACAGACAAAGAUAUUAAUUAAUUUAUUAUUGGCUCUUUAUCUUAAGCUAUUAAUGAUUAAAUUGCCAACAAAAAAAGAGACACUAAAGCAUUCAAAUGUAUCUCUGAUGCUGCCCCAUAACUUUUAAAAUAAAUCACUUCAAUUUAAUCUACUCCUGAAGAACAAAAUAAAAGUCAAGAAGUCUAUUAACUACUAGAUGAAUUACUUUCCUAAAAUCUAGAAUUGUAAGCCAUGAGUGAAAAUUAAAUCACAUAAUUAUAAAGAGGUUUAUUUGAUAAACAAGUGUCUCUUAAUUAAAUUAUUAAUGUUAAUUCACAUGAUAUUAAAAAGAAAGUUGUUACACCUGACAUUUUAAAUGAGAGACUAUCAGAAUAAUAUUAAAAAUUAAUUGAUCCAUCAAGUUUCCAAGAACCAAUUAAUUAAAAAAAUUAAAAUUUAACUCUACUUGAGUCAACUGAAUUAAUUAUUAUUGAAACCCUUAACAAUCACAUUUCUUAUAUUGAAAAGAAUCUAAAUUCUGAUCAUACUUAAUUUUUAACAGAUUUUCUUACUUCCACUUAACAAUCAUUAAUAAAAGUAUUUUCUGCUUCAGAUUUUAAAGUUGAAUAAGAUGAGUAAAUUGUAUCCUUUAAAUAGAUGAACUCUCUAUUCUAAUUAAUAGAUUAAACUAUUAAGAAAUUAAUAAGCAUUUCAAAUUUUCUAAUUCUUGUUAAAAAAUAUUAAUAGAAAACUUAAGUUAUUAUUAAUGCAGAUGCUUCAAAUGCAUUAUUUUCGUCGAAUGAUGAUUAUAAAUAUUUACCAAAAGAACUAUAAAUUUUAUUAAAGGAAGGAUUGGAAUGUGAAGAGGCUGAAAAAUGUAUAAUUCUUAUAGUUGAUAAAAAUGAUUCAAUGAAAAAUGAAUCUUAAAUUGCUAUUGAUUUAUUUUAGACAUAAUUUUAAAAUAUUCCUGAACUAAAGAAAGUAAUAUUAGUUUGGUCAAAUGAUAAAUUUUAAUAAUAACCAUUACAAUAAUAAUAAUAACAAUAAUAAUAAUAAUAAUAAUAAUAAUAAUAAUAAUAAUAAUAAUAAUAAUAAUAAUAAUAAUAAUAAUAAUAAUAAUAAUAAUAAUAAUAAUAAUAAUAAUAAUAAUAAUAAUAAUAAUAAUAAUAAUAAUAAUAAUAAUAAUAAUAAUAAUAAUAAUAAUAAUAAUAAUAAUAAUAAUAAUAAUAAUAAUAAUAAUAAUAAUAAUAAUAAUAAUAAUAAUAAUAAUAAUAAUAAUAAUAAUAAUAAUAAUAAUAAUAAUAAUAAUAAUAAUAAUAAUAAUAAUAAUAAUAAUAAUAAUAAUAAUAAUAAUAAUAAUAAUAAUAAUAAUAAUAAUAAUAAUAAUAAUAAUAAUAAUAAUAAUAAUAAUAAUAAUAAUAAUAAUAAUAAUAAUAAUAAUAAUAAUAAUAAUAAUAAUAAUAAUAAUAAUAAUAAUAAUAAUAAUAAUAAUAAUAAUAAUAAUAAUAAUAAUAAUAAUAAUAAUAAUAAUAAUAAUAAUAAUAAUAAUAAUAAUAAUAAUAAUAAUAAUAAUAAUAAUAAUAAUAAUAAUAAUAAUAAUAAUAAUAAUAAUAAUAAUAAUAAUAAUAAUAAUAAUAAUAAUAAUAAUAAUAAUAAUAAUAAUAAUAAUAAUUUGAUAGCUUAUUAGAAUAAUUUAAAUAACUUGAUAAAAAAUAUGAUUUAUGUAAUAAAAGAAAUAGAAUUUGUUUAGUUACUGAUGGGUAAACUGAUUAUUAAAAAUUACAUAAAUCAUUUAAAGUCUUAAAGUUUCAUUAUUCAUUUUAAAUAAUUUAUUUAACUGUUGGAUCAUAAAUAAAUUCAAAAAUUGGAAAUGAAUUAAAAUCCAAAUAUCAAGACAGAAAUAUUAAAGGAUGUCCCUUAUUAUUUAAUGUACCUAGAUCCAUUAUUUAAUCAACAUCAAAUACAUCUUAAAGAAUUAAAGAUGCAUUUAAUAAAUGUUUUGAAGAUAUUUACAAACAUUUUAUAAAAUGA